AUAUAACUGUGCAUUUGUGCUUGUCUGUUUAUAUUCAUAUUUUUAUAUGUAUUUGUGUGUGUGUAAAUAUAUACAUAUAUAAACAAAUGAAUAUAUAUAUCUAUGAAUUUAUAUACAUAUCACUGUGAACCAAGAACGGCAAGAAGAAUAUUCUGUCAUCGGGGCUGGUCUCUGAUUGUGAGAUCGUAUACAGUAUUUUCAGCGAUAUUUUCCCAAAUCUUUUUCAUCGAACGGAGGAAGACUACAGUCCUUUUUGUAUUACCCCUUUCCUGCUUGCUGCCUCUUCAUCUGCUUUUUCCGGAUUGGGAGGAACAAAGAGGGGGUAACAGGGCUUGUGAAAGUCGGCGACGUUGCUGCGAUUCGUGCUUUUUUUUCCACUAGCCUUGCUGUUCCCUGAGCCGAGCAGCGCCGUGUGCUGUGUUUGAUCUGAGCAGGCAGCAGCAGCAACAGCAGCAGCGUGAGAGAGCGCCACGCCGUGUGAGCCAGCCAGCAUGCACAAACACCACCACUGCUGUAAGUGCCCAGAAUGCUAUGAGGUGACCCGCAUGGCUGCCCUGCGCAGGAUGGAUGCCCCGGCGUACGGAGACUGGCAGCCAGAACCCUAUGGAUAUCCGGCUGGCUAUGGAGGUGGUCAGACCUUACCGCCACAGACCUCAGGUGGAGGAGCGGGAAUGGGCGGAGGGGGCACGCUGGGGAGAAGUAAAGGAAAAAUGAUGUCUGCCGGGGGUCCUGGAGGCCCCAAUCCCAAGAGCCAAUCCAAGGGUGGUCCCAAGGUGAAUGGAAACAACUCGGGAGGGCAAGGAGGAUGGUGGCCAGAAUGCACCUGCUCCAAUCGGGACUGGUAUGACCAGGCGAACCCUCCUCCCAUCAUUGUCAACGCAGAUUCACUGGAUGCAGGCCCUUAUGUGAAUGGGAGUGAUGGCAUGUACAAAUAUGAAGAAAUCAUUUUGGAAAGGGGCAACUCUGGGCUAGGCUUCAGUAUUGCUGGAGGGAUUGAUAAUCCACACAUCCCUGAUGAUCCAGGAAUCUUUAUCACUAAGAUCAUCCCUGGAGGUGCAGCAGCCAUGGAUGGAAGACUGGGGGUGAAUGACUGUGUGUUACGGGUGAAUGAGGUGGAUGUGUCAGAGGUGGUGCACAGUCGGGCUGUGGAGGCUCUGAAGGAGGCAGGGCCUGUGGUUCGGUUGCUGGUACGCAGGAGACAGGCUCCACCUGAGACCAUCCUGGAGGUCAACCUACUCAAAGGGCCUAAAGGCCUGGGCUUCAGCAUUGCUGGAGGUAUUGGCAACCAGCACAUUCCUGGAGACAACAGCAUCUAUAUCACAAAGAUCAUUGAAGGCGGGGCUGCGCAGAAAGAUGGAAGGUUGCAGACAGGCGAUCGUCUCCUGGCUGUGAAUAACAUCGUCCUGCAGGACGUGCGUCAUGAAGAGGCUGUAGCUGCGUUGAAAAACACUUCAGACAUGGUCUAUUUGAAAGUGGCUAAGCCAGGACCUGUACACCUCAACGACAUGUAUGCUCCUCCGGACUAUUCUAGCAGUCUCGCCCUCCCCCCAGCCUUCCCCACCAUGGUGGAUAACCAUGUCAGCCACAACUCCAGCAUGGCAUACAUGGGAGCCAUGGAGCCCAAGCCCGUGUACCAGCCUCCGCAGGUCACCCCGUCACGUUACUCCCCAGUGCCACGGCAUAUGCUGGGGGAGGACGACUUCACCAGGGCCGAGCCCAUUUACAGUGUCAUCCACAAACAUCUUGGGGAAACCAGCCCUCCCUCCCCCCACCUGUGCAGAGGGGGGUCAGGGGAUGGGGGCUGCGGCCCCGCCCCGCCUGCCCUGUGUCAAAGCCUGGUCCCGUACUCUGGCAGGGAGCCACGGAAGGUCCUUCUGCACAAGGGCUCCACAGGACUGGGCUUUAAUAUUGUGGGCGGGGAGGAUGGAGAAGGAAUUUUCGUCUCUUUCAUCCUGGCGGGUGGGCCUGCUGACCUGAGUGGCGAGCUGAGAAGGGGAGAUCGCAUCCUAUCGGUGAAUGGUGUGAACCUGCGCAAUGCCACUCAUGAACAGGCUGCAGCUGCACUGAAGAGAGCCGGGCAGACGGUGACAAUCAUUGCCCAGUACAGGCCGGAAGAGUACAGUCGUUUUGAGUCUAAAAUCCACGACUUGAGGGAGCAGAUGAUGAACAGCAGCAUGAGCUCUGGAUCAGGCUCCCUGCGCACCAGUGAAAAGCGAUCCCUCUAUGUCAGAGCUCUAUUUGACUAUGACCGCACCAGAGACAGCUGCCUGCCCAGCCAGGGCCUGAGCUUCUCUUAUGGUGACAUCCUGCAUGUCAUCAAUGCCUCGGAUGAUGAGUGGUGGCAGGCACGGCUGGUCACGCCCCACGGAGAGAGUGAGCAAAUUGGAGUCAUUCCCAGCAAGAAAAGGGUGGAAAAGAAAGAGCGAGCCCGGUUAAAAACAGUCAAGUUCCAUGCUAGGACAGGCAUGAUUGAGUCCAACAGGCCAGUCAAAGUAAAGCGCAAAAAAAGCUUCAACCUUUCACGCAAGUUCCCCUUUUACAAGAGCAAGGAGAAUAUUGUGCAGGAGUUGGUGGAAUCUGAACAGUGCUUGACAUCAAAUACCAGUGACAGUGAGAGCAGCUCAAAAGGGCAAGAGGAUACUAUUUUAUCCUAUGAGCCAGUCACUCGACAAGAGAUCCACUACACAAGGCCUGUUAUCAUCUUGGGUCCAAUGAAGGACAGAGUAAAUGAUGACUUGAUUUCAGAGUUUCCUCACAAGUUUGGAUCUUGUGUCCCACACACAACUCGUCCACGGCGAGAAAAUGAAAUGGAUGGACAAGAUUACCACUUUGUGUCCUCAAGAGAGCAGAUGGAAAAAGACAUUCAGGACAACAAGUUUAUUGAAGCAGGGCAGUUCAAUGAAAAUCUCUACGGGACCAGCAUUCUGUCUGUUCGGGCAGUGGCUGAGAGGGGGAAGCACUGCAUCCUGGAUGUGUCUGGGAACGCCAUAAAGCGACUUCAACAAGCACAACUCUAUCCGAUUUCCAUUUUCAUCAAGCCAAAAUCCAUUGAAGCCCUAAUGGAAAUGAAUAAGAGGCAGACAUAUGAGCAAGCCAAUAAAGUCUUUGAUAAGGCAAUGAAACUUGAACAGGAAUUUGGGGAGUAUUUCACAGCCAUAGUCCAGGGUGACUCACUAGAAGAGAUCUACAAUAAAAUCAAACUGAUCAUUGAGGAGCAGUCAGGCCCUUACAUCUGGAUCCCAUCCUCAGAAAAACUCUGAGCUUGCAGCCUCCACUCCUCUGCACAUGUGCGGAGUCCUAUCCCAACCCAAGCCCUGGUCCAUCCUGAGUCCUCUCCUUCCCUUUUUACUGAUAUGUUUCAUAUCAAGUUUUAGUGUCAUCAUUAUGUUACUCUCAAAUGAAAAGAAGUCUUAUCACCAUUACUGUGACUGUGCACAACCCUGCAUGAGUUUCUCAGCAAAUCCAUUCAAGACUGGAAAUGCAGUUCCAAAUGAAUUUUUUGUCAUGUAAAACAAAAAGGGAAAAUGAAUGAAUCCUUUGUGUGUUUGGAUGGACUUGGGAGAAUGCCUCAAGCUAAAAGAGUGGGGCCUGUGAUUUUAAGAAGUUCCUUGGACAUGGAGACUGAAAUGCUGGAACCCUGUAUAUGUUCCUUGUUACAUUAUAAAGAAAUGGAAGAUGCUGAGUAAAGACAAAGAUUUUCUACAAGGACUAAACACAGUUUAAACCUGUUGAAGGUACUGUUUAUGGGGUUAUUGAUCAUGUUUAUAGAAAUUUAGUGGAGACACUUAGAAACUGGUGAUCUUCAGUAGUCACAUGGCAGUUGGCUGCUGCUGCCAGUUGGCGUGGCACAGUUGGUAGAGUCGCCAUUAAAGGCAGAACAAAUGGAAAAUGGGUAUGAAUCUAUACAUUUAUAUUACUGAAAUCACAUGGUAAAUAAAAAUCCUAUGGAGCGAUUUUACUACAUAAUAUUAAAUACUACGGUACACAUUUUACACUUCACUAGAAUUGUCUACUUGGAGGGCUGUUAGAGUUCAUUUACUUGUUUUUGUGUUCUCUCUUUCUUGUGGUUUUUAGCUGCUCUGUAUUAAAGAUGAAGGUAGAGGGGUGUAACUGGGCUCUCUGCAGAACACCAAACUGCCUUAUGAUUAAUAAAAAUUCUGUAGAAUUUCAGUCAUCUUGGGGGGGAAGCUACAAAUUACUCAACUGAUCAGUGCUUAAUGGAAGACUCAAUUGGUUUAGUGUUCUUUGAGUUUUCUACUUCUUAUUGGAGGCCUAACUUCUGAGUGCAAUAGACUUAAGUGUCUUACCUCUUUGAAAUCCUUUUUUCCUCAUUACUUUUGUCUUAAGUGACUGAUUUCUGAAUUCUGAUUUUGGCAGCCAAGGCUCCCCUGAAGUUGUUGAGCAGCAGACAGCCCAUUUGCACUUUCUCUGCCUUCCAAGACUCUUCAGACUGAACGGCAACAUGGUACUGUCCUGUAAGCUGCCUGACCAGGCAGCCUUAAAACGGGUAGAAUCAAGACAAUAAUUGUAUUGGAUGUUCUUCUCAAUAUUAAAGAGUCGGUAGAGCCUGAAUAGGCCUAAUUUCCCCAGAACUCAAA